UGGCUGUCCCCCCUCCCUUCCUCACUGGGGUCGGUGACCAGUCAGGUCCACAUCCUGAAGAUCCUGAUAGUAAAAGGAAGCUGGAUGGCCAGCAAGGAAAGUCUGUGCGGGUCUGGAGUCCCAACACAUUUCUUGUGUCAGCUAAACAUGUCACACCGUCUCCUAAAACCUUGGACUGAGUCACCCUUGGCAGGAAGUGGGGUUUUUCUUGAGUGGCCGCAGCAGCCAUUAGAGACCUCACACAUUCCUCUUUCAUCUCUGAGGUAAACUGAGGCAGAGGCAGCCUACUGGGAGUUCCUUUCUAGGAUGUAGAAUUAUCUGCUGGUGGGUGCACAGCAGCCAGGGCCCCAUCUUGUCCUGUGGAAUGUAGGUGUUGGCCGGGGGGACCGCAGUUCCAGUCCCAGAUCCACCUUUUGUCUCUGUAGCUGCGGUACUCUAGGCCCCAGGAGGCCCCUCCUGUGCCUGGAGGCCUCUGAGUUAGCCGCAGCCUUCACAUCCCCGGACCUGUGGCUGCAUCGCCCCAUCUCUGCCUGUCGUCACACAGCUACUUCCCUCUGCUUUAGCCCAAGUCACCCUCCUUAUAAGGACAGCAGUCAUUGCAUCUGGGCCACCAGCCUCCAGUGUGACCCACUGUCGCUGAGCACGUCUGCAAAGACCCCUUUUCCAAACCAGUUCAUAUUCCCAGACAUGUCUUUUGGGGGGGCAUGACAACCCACCACAGGGAGGUGGCGAGUGACUGCUGUUGGGCGUGACGUGUCCCUUCGGGGUAAUGAGAACGUUCUAGAAUUUGAGGUGAUGGUGGUAUAUGCUAUUGAUUUUCCUAAAAGUCGUUGAAUUGUGUGUGUUAGGAGGGUGGAAUUUCUGGCCCCUGAAUUAAAGCUCGAAUUUACUAAAAGGCUCAUGAGGAGAACUGGAAUGUGAAAGCUCCCUGGCGGCUCCCAGCCUGGCUCGGCUUCUCCUGUCUCCCACUAUACAGGUCACAGAGCCUCGCCCAGAAAACAAAGAUGUGGGUGCAAAACAACAGCAGACACCCACAGGAGCCAGGCGCAGCCUGCCCACCUCCCUCCCACCGGACCUUGGAGAAGCCCAAAGAACAGAACCCAUAGACGGUACCAGGACACGGGGCAGUGGGAGGGGCCUCCUGCCACUCUCCCUGGAACAGCGCUCGGGGGACCCAGGGCCGUGACACUCCCGUGGGCCCGACUCUCGCAUCCUAGGGACUCCUGCGGCUCCACCAGGGCCGUGCAGGCAGGCAGCACCAUGUCCAGCCCCUUCCUGAAGCAAGUCUUCAACAAGGACAAGACCUUCCGCCCCAAGCGCAAGUUCGAGCCGGGCACCCAGCGCUUUGAGCUGCACAAGAAGGCACAGGCCUCGCUGAACGCGGGGCUGGACCUGAAGGUGGCUGUGCAGCUGCCCGCCGGGGAGGAGCUGAACGACUGGGUGGCCGUGCACGUGGUGGACUUCUUCAACCGCGUCAACCUCAUCUACGGCACCAUCAGCGACGGCUGCACCGAGCAGUCCUGCCCCAUCAUGUCGGGCGGGCCCAAGUACGAGUACCGCUGGCAGGACGAGCACCACUUCCGGAAGCCCACGGCACUGUCGGCCCCCCGCUACAUGGACCUGCUCAUGGACUGGAUCGAGGUGCAGAUCAACAACGAGGACAUCUUCCCCACCAGCGUUGGCACGCCAUUCCCCAAGAACUUCCUGCAGGUGGUGAGGAAGAUCCUGUCGCGCCUGUUCCGGGUGUUCGUGCACGUCUACAUCCACCACUUUGACCGCAUCGCCCAGAUGGGCUCCGAGGCCCACGUCAACACCUGCUACAAGCACUUCUUCUACUUUGUCAAGGAGUUCGGUCUUAUCGACACCAAGGAGCUGGAGCCACUGAAAGAAAUGACCUCACGGAUGUGCCACUGAGCCCCUCACCGCGUCACAGCAGCGCCAGCGCCGCCAGCCGGGCCUGCUGUUCUAGCCAAGCAUCUGCGAACUCCACAUUCCUGCUGCUGAGAUGCUCCCCGAGCAGCCCCAGGCCUGCUGUAAGCCCCGCGUGCCCCCAGCCCUGUGCUGUCACAGAGGAGAUGAACUUGAACUCUGUAAUUCUGUUUAUUGUCCACCACAGGGAAAAACCCCUUUGUUUUUAAACCAUUUGCAUUGCCCACACCUGUCCCUACUGGCCCUCGUCAACUGCCCUGCCCAGCGCAGCAAGCACGUUGCUCCCGGCAGGUAUGUUUCUGAGAGGUACGACUGUCCCUCCCUCACCUCUUCCUCAACCCAGUUCCGCUGCCUCAGUUCCUCCAAGGUGUUUUUGCCUGUCUGUGCAGCCAUCCUGGACCCAGGUUUUCACAUGUCAUGAAAGACAUGUCGUCAGGUAGUCUCAUGUACAACUACCCUGAGAUAUUAAGGAAAAAAGAAUUUUUACUUCUAUAAGCUGGCCCACCCACACCCCCAUACUGUUGUGAGCGACACAGGCCAGCUCUCCCACAAAGCUCCUCUCCUCCCAGGGCUGGGAAGCUUUGCCGUUACCUAAAGUUUACUGGGCUUGGCCUUUCUUCAGAUGCCUCUUACCGCUAAGUGGAAGUCUUAUGUGUGUCUCUAUCCCAGUGGACAAAGGACCAAAAUCCCAGAGUGCUGUGCCUCUAUCAGGCCUUGGGUGAUGUGACUGGGGCUCUGCAGGCACUGGGCCACGCUAGUGACCCCAGAAAGCCAUGUGGUACCCCUUCAGGCUCCCAGUCCCCUGCCCUCCACCGCCCUACUCUGGCCCUACUCUGGCAUCAUCUGUGACCUCUCAGACAGGUGAUAGCCUCUGCCUAGGCCUGCCUAGGCCUGCCUAGGCCUCUGAGUGCCUCAGAGUCCGCGAUGCUAGAAGAGGAAAGUGUCUGCCUGACAUUUAACAAGUGCAAUUAGCGUGACCUUAGCUUGGAUCCUUCUAGAGCCCAUGGGUCCAGCAACCCCACCCCCCCUCCAUGGGGAGAUGAACCCCAAGGACUUCAGAGAACCAUCCUGUCAAAUGUAGCUCUUUUUAAAUGCAAAGCCAUGACCAAACGCCAUGACCACUGUGUCCCCUCUGCCACCCCAGGACCCUGCCAUUCCUCAAACCUGGCCUGGUUGGGGAAGGCGUCAGGGACAACUGGGGCAAGUGAGUCCCCUGUCGGAUCCCCAAGCCCCUUCUGCACCCAUAAGUAUCUCCACACAAACAUCAUAUUAAAUACCGUAUGGCCACAGAUGCUUGUCAUCAUUUCUGGUUUUCUGACCUCAGGGCAUGUCCUCGCGGUUGUCACCAAGAGGUGAGAGAAUCUUAGCUGCCUCAAUGGUCUGUGGCCCACAAAGCACCCUGAAUAGAUAACCAAAUGCACAAAAUACAGGUGGGGUUAGAAUGCAGCAGGGUGGAGGCUGGGGCCAUUAGGGCCAAAAUGACAGACCCAUGGCAGCAGGGAAGACAUGGUGUCCAGAAGGCGCCCUUGUCACUCCCACAUCCAUCGUGAGGGUUACUUCCCACACUCGUCAACAUGAUUUAACUCUGCCUUUUUCUGUUAAAAAGUUGUUUCCAGAAAACCUUGACAUGAGUGCAGAAUAGAUUCAGAGGGAAUCUACAAUCUAGAAAUGGGAGUUUUCUAUUCCCGCCAUCAGUGACUCUAUCUUCAAACACACCAUUAGCUUAAUGGAAAACUCGUUUUUUAUUUCAUGUGUGGAAAAUGUGAUGGAUUACUUACUCUCAAAGAUCCCUUUCAGGUAAAACUUACUGGUUCCAGGACCAACAGAAUUUGGUCUUUGGCAAAACAGGUUUGGGCCUGUGCUCCAGGUAGCAAAGCAGAGCCCCCAGAUGGGCAGCCCUGGCGCCUCAGCCUCUGUGACUUCCUGCCCCUAGAGGGCGUGCUGGCUCUGUGGAAAGAGAGGGAUUCUUUUUUCAAAGUGAGUUCCACCUGACCUGGACACACCCUCUAAAGAAGCCUUUGUUGGCAAAUGCACUACAAGGACUUUCAGGACCAGUUUAAGAAUUGGGAGCUUAUGGGGUUUAUGAACCAACCAAUUUGGGACCAAUUUGUUUGGUCCCAGCUCCAGCCUGGCCCUGGGACCUGCAGACAUGCCGCCUUAUUUGGUAAAGGGAUUUUGUAGAUGCAAUUGAAUUGAGGAUCCUGAGAUGGGGAGGAUUCUGGAUUCUCAGGGGCCUAAUGUCUCUUGAGGGAGGAGGAGGGACAGAGGUGAUAGCUUGAUAGUGCCAAGACUUCAACUCCUUGUGCCACAAGGGAGGCCCCUAAAGUUAGAGCAAUUUUAAUAUCUGGUAAUAUAACAUCAGUAUUCUGCAGUGUUACUGUGUUUAUAGUCUGUGACUAUUCUAAGUAUAUAUUCCAGAUGAGCCUUAGAAUUAUUUAAUUUUAGGGGCCUCCCUGGUGGUACAGGCGGUUGAGUGCAAUGCUGUGAAGCUGUCCACAGCCUCUGCAGGGCCGGUUCAAUCCACGCCGGCCUCGGAGCAACCCACAUGGCGAGCAGACCUCUCCUGCCUGGCCCGCUGCUCCCCUCAGCAGUGUGUUUCCUCAGUCUGCCUGUUCUGUUCCCCGCUCUGUCUCUGGUGAAUCCUCUCACCCUCCUGCGCAUCUGGCCUGUACCCCACUCUUGUAUAAAUAAAAUAAAUCUUUAAAAAAAAUUGUUUAAUUAAAAAAGUUGCCUCUAUAAGUUGGAUGAAAUACUAAAUCUGGAAAACAGCAUGGUCAUAGGUCCCAAAGGGCCCCGUGUAUCUCAACACUUACUCCAGGCACAUCUCUCUGUCAUUUCUAUCAUGCACAGUUUUUUUCCCUCAUAUAAUUUUUUUUUUUUUUUUUUGGGGACCCUUGCUGGCGGCCGGGGAACGAACCAGCACUGCAGAGGCUGCAGGCAGCCUCGCAGCCCAGCACUCAACCGCUGCGCCACCAGGGGAGGCCCUCCCUCAUAUAAUUUAAAAAGUUGAGAUAUGUCACAUGUCAUAAAAUUUACCAUCUUUAAAAUUGCACAGUUCAGUGGUUAGUAUAGUCACAAAGCUGUGUAGCCAUCGCCAUCAAAUUCCAGAACAUUCUAUCACCCCCAAAAGAAUGCUCCUCUCCAUCAGUGGUCACUCCCCCUCCCAGCCCCUGUCAAACACAAAUUUCUCUGUUUCUGUGGAUUUGUCUGUUGUGCACAUUUCAUAUCUGCACAUUUCAUUUAAUUCUUAGCUAUUUUUGGUUGUUGCUAUGAAUGAGAUUUUUUUCCAUGAUGUCUUUUUUCCGUUGUACUUUCUAAAUAGCUAUGUCUGCUUUAUUUGGGAAAUAUUUCAAUUUUGUUCUUGACUUCUUUACUGAAAAUUCAGUUGAUUCUCCUGCAUCUUCUAGGCAGAGACUCACAUUUGCAGAUGAUGAUAACUGAGUAUAUUCAUUAUUUAUGGCCAGAAUCAGUAGAU